AUGGACGACGAUUGGGCGCCGCUGAUUCUGAAGGAUGACUACCUGUUCUCAGCGGUAGCUUGUGCAUCUGGACUAGCAUCGGAUCUGUCACCGAUAAGUAGUGGAUAUAGGACUGCUGAUGAUAAUAGUGAUAAUAACACAACCACCAAUAACGACACCAAUAUUGAUGCUCACGAUGACGGUCAUGCCCUCUCUUUUAUGUUAUCACCGAGUAACAAUACCAAUUGUGGUGCGUUGCAAACAAACGGAAUCAAUACAAUUCCACCGAUGCAUCAGAAUCUAAGUGAAUUCCCAUUUCAUUUCACACCAAUUGACGACCACAGCAAUACCCAACGUGAUACUAUCACAACAAGCACCAAUGCUACUGAGGAUCAUUUCAAUCCAGCGAAUCAACAAAAUUUCAUCACUACUAAUCAUAGUCAUCAUCAUGCACAUCUCCACACUGCUCACCACAACCAUGUUGGAUUGAUCAAAGCCGAACCACGAGAAGAGCAAUGCUUGUCAGGUGCGUUCAUACAGUUUCUGCAUGAUUUGAUUGGAUUUUUUGUUGUUGGUGUUUAUGUUCGGUAUGAUGUGUUGAGGUGA